CUUUUAUACCUCGAACGCGAGAUCUUCGAAAGAGAUCUAAAGAGAGAGAGAAAGAGAGUUUCCUUCGCUAGGUUUUUUUUUUCGAACCACGCUAAUUGGAGUUAAUCCUCGAGAUUCUUUUUCUCUUUGCUUUAACGAUAUUUCGAAGAACUUCUCUUUGAAAGGGCGGCAAAAAUUUGAAGAACUCUUUCGAGGUUCGAUAUUCGUAUGAUUCGUUUUUCUUUAAAAAUCGUCUUUCUUCAAUAGCUUCGAAUCGAUUUCGACGAUCGAUAAUUCAACGCGUAGCGUGUUAGGUAUUUCUUUUAUCCACUGAAUGUAGGUAAGCGAAGGAGGCGCGGUGUGUCAGUGAAAAGACCAUCCUUUACGACGGCAAUCGCGCGCGAAAUGGAUUCUAUCGUAUCACGACGAACAUUCUACACGUUCAAUUUAACGUUGUGCUCUCGAAGAAAUAUAUACCAGGAUAGAUAGAUAGAUAGAUAGAUAGAGAGAGAGAGAGAGAGAGAGAGAGAGAGAGAGAGAGAGAGAGAGAGAGAGAGAAAAAGAAAGCAAAUAAUAAUUUUCCAUGGCUCUUCACUCGACACAUCGUUAUAUUGGCGAAGCGAAUAGGAGGAUCGAUAGCUUUUCGAAAUUCCUUCGAGCGCUGAGAAAUUAUGAACCGUAACGCAGUCGACUGGAUUAUUUUGGAGAAUGGAGCGAAAAUCGAAAAUAGAUUGGAGUAUCUUCGUCGAGAGGAAAACAAUGGGGAUAUUCACAGUGACAAUAUUAUUGUAUCUAAUUCGUGUGCUGUAGUGUGUUUUUGCACGAUUGAAAACAUUGAGAGAACACCCAGGAUUGUUUACAAGGCAAGGUUGUACCGACCUUUGUAGUAGCUUUGUUGUUUUACAAGGACUGUUCCGCUCAGACGUUCCGCGACCGUUCACGAAGAUACAUAUCAAAGGAGAUUCACUGACGACGCUUUUGAAAUACGCAUAAAGUUAAAAAUGUUAACAAAUUUUGCGAUGAAUCGAAAGAACGAGGGAAAGGAAAGGCGAAAUUACAUUUACGACUGCAACGUCCUCGACGCACGUGCUCCGACGUUAUUACACAAUUUCGCGUUUCUCGUGCGAGGGUAGAAGAGGAGAAGAAAAAGAAGAGGUAGAGGGUAUUACCGUGGGACAUUAUCGAAGUUCCUUUUAAACGAGUCGUGUGCGUAAACGUGCGUGCGUGUAUGUACAAGGCUGGAACGAAAAGUAUGCGGCACCGUGCAAGAUGAAGGGGCCAAGAAUCAGUGGCCUACCGAGUGAGAAAAAGCUGGACUUCUGCCAAAAGGCACGUCAGGAGUGUUGGCGAGUGUUGCUUACGUACUUGAGCUUCUGUGCGUUGCUGCCCGGCACCAUUCUUUCAGAACCUGCUCAUAUACGUGAAGUGUCCAAAGGAAAUUCUCGUCGGAACGUCAACGAUGCCACUAACGAUUCCGUCGGCACGGAUUUGCCCAUUUUCGAGCCGACUGCUCCGAAUGUUACGGCAUUCGUUGGGCAAACGGUGUAUCUACCAUGUCGAGUGCGAAAAUUGGCCGACAAAGUGGUAUCUUGGAUGAGAAUCAGGGACCUUCAUAUACUUACGGCAGGCACCGUGGCCUUCAGUAGCGAUACGAGAUUCCAUCCGCAACAUACUCCUGGGAGUGACGCUUGGACCCUCAGGUUGGAUAAUGUUAAAAAAACGGAUUCGGGCGUAUACGAGUGUCAAGUAAAUACAGAGCCGAAGAUUAUGUACGCAGUUCGAUUAUCUGUUAGAGAGCCCGAUAAACCAGAGGGUUACGACGAGCCGCAUUCUCAACAAACACGCAUAAGUUACGAAAGUACAGCACCCGUGGCGGCCAUAAUGGGUCCUCGGGAGCAAAGGGUGCCAUCGGGGUCGACGAUCACCCUAAGAUGCGUCAUAUCGUCUCCAUAUCAGACUCGUCCCAUCAGGGGUGUACAAUGGCUUCAGGAUAACAAACUCCUAACAUUCCAGGCAGCUCGCGGUGGUAUAAACGUGGAAACUGAAAAAGGUGCGGCACAAACGGUCUCCGAAUUGACUUUAGCUGCCGUCACGGAAGAUGACACAGGGAAAUAUUCAUGCAGACCAGCGGAAGGACGAUUAGACACUGUGAUGCUGAUCGUCGAGCCAGGAGAACGUACGGAAGCCAUGCAACGUGACGCCGAAUACAUCUCUUCCGGAAAUGACGUCAGCCACUGGUCCGGGCUUUUACUUCCGUUGUCAUGGUUUCUAAUACUAGCAUGAAUGAAACAGCCGAUUUUAACCGCAAUAGUCCGAAACUCAAAGUAUUUUCUAUUCAUAAUAUUUCUAUCUCUUUCUAUAUCUCUUAAAUCUUUCUAUUUUCACAUGAGAAGUACCUAAAGAAACAAAAAAGACUAAGAAAGCUUACGUCUUAUGAGAAAGGGAGAAUACAGGCGCGUUUAAUAAGUUUCAUAAGAUUAUUGCUCUUUUUAUAGUGAGAAAAUGGACGAUAUCAGAGACGCGUUGUUCCCUGACAAAAAGAAAAAAAAGAAAGAAAGCGUCUUGUCGUUCACGUUUAAGUUAGUAAUUUAUACACGAUCCUUUUUUUUUUACAACGAAAUCGCAUGCACUUUGUGUGCAAACUUAUUACCUAUAAAGGUAUACCGUUUUUUCUUUGCACAUUUUACGAGGGUAAACACAUGGAAGCAUACGUGAACACGUUUAAGUAUAUACAUGCACACGUAUACUGUUCAACCAUUUAACUUCUCGUUCGUUUCUCAUUAAUCGGACCUACUUUAAUUAUUUCUGCUUAGAUACGUAUUAUCGUUAAUUCAGUUAGUCGUUUAAGAAUCUACUUUUUAAAGUCAAAAAGAAACUUCGAUCGACCAAUGGUCGAAAACUCAGGCAUCUCAUUGAAGAAAUAGAGCAAGGAUUUUUUUUCUCUCUUUUUUUUUUUUAUAAGAACGACGACGAUAAAAUGUUGAAGUGAUAGAGGAGGGGGUAGGAAGGACAGAGGGGGCUACGCUUGACUCGCAUUAAAUCUUUUUCAUCGUUAACUUAUUUUCUUCGCAAAUAAUUUAGAGAGCGAGCGAGUCACGAUACUUCAUUUCGUUCACGACGUGCGAAGCCAUUCGUGUCCUUUGGCCGUUCUCUCUCUUUUUCGCUCUCUUGUGAGCGCGCGAUAGCAUCUCUUUAAAUGACGCUUUUAGGACCAGUAAGAUUAAAGUGAGCAAGAUGCGUCAAAGGACGCGGAAGUAAUUUGAUAUCGCAUAUCGUAGCCUGGUUCAGCCUUCAGAUACAUACUUCUUCUUUUCUUUUUUGAUUUUUUUUUUUUUGUAGGACAUGCAUAUACUUUUUGAUUCAGACCAGAAAUUCUGAAUAUAGUGGAAACGUUCUUUACGAAAAGUGCAACGUGGACGCCUCGUUCCAACGUUUCAUCACCGAGAGAAAUCUAGAAGUUGAUCUCACACGCUUUAGAUAAAUCUGUCUCGUCGCAGGGUAAAUCUUAGUCGAUUGGAGUAAGGCUAGUUAGUUGUUAUAUAUUUUUCUUUUCUUUUCUUUUCUUUUCUUCUCUCUCUUUUUUUUUAUUUUCUUUUUUAUAGGAAUAAGUCACCGACGAACGCACAUAUGUAUCAGGGUCAUAG